AUGGACCCUCAAUUCGUGGACCAAAUGGCCCGAGUUGGAGAGAAAAUCACAGGCGAAUAUGCGGCUUUUUUGCUGCAGCACGCGAAAAUGGACCAGCUUACAACAGCCAGUGGUAGCAAAGAUAUUGCGGAACUUGUCGUCCUCGACGAAGCCUGCGGAACGGGCGCAAUCGCCUCACGACUACUCCAUAUGCUUGACGACAAAACCAGGGCGGUGACCAACCUCACCAUGUUGGACAUUGCUAAGCCGUCGCUUGAAUAUGCAGAGCGACGGCUCCAACGAGAAGGGUGCAAUUUGAAGGCACUCCGAACACUCCAGGGUGACGUAACAGACACAAAGCUGCCUUCUUCACACUUCACACACGUCUUUUUCGGCUUCGGCCCCAUGGCCAUCACCGACUGGAGAGCGGCUUUGCGCGAAAUCCAUCGCAUGUUGCACCCCGGCGGACUCGCCGCAAUGUCUACCUGGGGUGACGGCGGCUGGCUGCCUGAUGUCCGCGCUGCGCUGGCCAGCGACCCCUCCUUGCCUCGUGGACCUAGUGCAAAGGAGCUCCUGGAGGCCUUCAGCCCAGACAGUGACUGGAGCCAGCCGACGUGGAUCGAAACGGUGCUACGGGAAUUCGGAUUCGAGGACGUCCAGAUCAAGACGGUGCCGCGAACGAGUGUCUUGGACGGGAUGGACGAAUUCAUGAUCACCGUCCCCAUGACCUUGGGGAAUGUUAUUGACAAGUGCUGGUCUCAGGGCCAAGCCAAGGCCCAUGGUGAGCGCGCAAAGGAGACGCUGGUCAGGUAUGUGGCGCAGAAGUACGGCUCGGGCGAAAUCAGAUGGGACUGGGUCGCCCACUUGAUUACGGCGAGAAAGCCUGUGAUCGCGGAUUGA